GCCCAGGAAGUGGAUUAAACCACCAAAGAUUACCGCAGAUUUCAUCCUCGUCGUCCCAACGUUACUGUAGUUUUUCGCACAGUCAAAAAAAUUCAGUUUAACAAUUGUUCAAAGUAUAUAUGGGACAAUAAUGCUGAAUGGUUGCGCUCAUGAAAUUCACAAGAGAUAUCUGCAGACUUUUGGGACUGGGGAGCGUUUGCAGUGCACACAGUUUGCGUUUGGAAAAGCCAAUCAUCACUUACCUCGUCCAUCGAUGCGUCACCAGCCCACAAGCCACAACACGAGUCACAGACCCAAGCUCUGCUAUGCAGCCGCCGGGGGAGCAGAUGGACUGCAGUGCAGCGACCCUUGACCCCGGUCACGAUGCCACUUUGACACAGGAUGCAUUAAAUGGAGAAGAGGACGUAAGCGAGGAGGAGAAACUCAGAAGGAAAGUGGAGCGACGAAAAGCCAAGAGAAAGCGCCGUCGAAAAAAAAAAAAGCAGGAACAAAUCAAGAAAACGGACAGUGCUGAACAGGACGAUGAAGAGGACUGCGCCGCCGAAUCGGAACUAGAUGACAGCGAAUCCGAAGCAGACGUUGUUCCUGAAGAUGAGAAACAAGCGGCGCACAAAGAGGGGAAAAAAGAGAUCAAACCAACAGCAGUACCGACCACAGUAAUAUCACCUGCAGAAAACAAAGGACAGCAGAAAACAAAAACCAAGUCCUCGGAAGAGGAGCCAGAAUGGGAUGUCAGCAGUGCCUUCUUUGCUCAUGCUGUGAGCCAUAUCAAACCCAAAGGAGCGAGUCGCAAAUCCAAAGAAAACAAAGAGAAUGAAGCCAAAAGAGAGACAAAUGGGACUGACAGUAUGACCAAGAAAAGCGCCUCGCUGACGGAGAAAGGGAUCAAACUGGUGCAGCAGGGGGAGUACGCACAAGCAGCCAGUAUGUUUACAGAGGCCAUCAAGUGUGACCCAAAAGAUUACAGGUUCUUUGGGAACCGUUCUUAUUGUUAUUGCUGCUUGGAGCUUUACUCUCAGGCUCUGGCAGACGCCGAACGAUCCAUUCAGCUGGAUCCAGGCUGGCCCAAAGGUUAUUUCCGCAAAGGCAAUGCUCUUAUGGGUUUGAAGCGCUACAGUGAAGCAGAGAAGGCCAUGGAGCAGGUCCUGAAACUGGAUGAAGACUGUGAGGAAGCCGAAAAUGACCUUUUCUACUGCAAAGUUCAGCAGCUUAUGGAACUUGGUUUUGAGGAGACACAAAGUAUUCGACUGCUGGAAAGCUUCUCGACGGUGCAGGCUGUUCUGGCAUCUUGCUCUGAUGCUGCGAAAGCCGGGAGUCAAGACCCAUCUGUUGUGCAACCAGGAAGCCCGUGCCCUUCGCUCUGGGUAGGAAAUGUGACCACGGAGCUAACGGAGAAACACCUUUGGGACCUCUUUAAAAUAUACGGUGAGAUCGAGAGCAUCCGUGUGCUGCAUGAGAGGUUCUGUGCCUUUGUCAACUUCAGGAAUGCAAACAUGGCGGCCCGCGCUAUGGAAAAACUAAAUGGUCAUUGCAUUGAGAACACACGCUUAGUGGUGCGCUAUCCUGACCGGCGUGCGCAGAGGAUCCUGCCCGUACCCCUUAAAAGUGUCCCUGUGUCACAGCAAGCAGGGGCAGCUGUGGGUCCUCGGAGACGCGGUCCAGUCAAUGGAGAUGAAUGUUACUUCUGGAGAACCACUGGUUGUCAUUUUGGAGACAAAUGUCGCUACAAACACAUUCCCGAUCAGAAAGGCAAGGACAGGAAACCGUGGCAGCCGUGAGCUCGGUGUGAACGACACGCAGGGAAGUGAAACAUGCCAAACAAAGUGGUACCUAUUGGGUCAGGAUCUCCAGGCUGCAAGUGCUUUUUUUGUAACAGAAUGGGCCACCAUUUUCAAAGGAUCAUAGUCAAAUAUCUGGCUUGAAAAGAUGAAGCAGGAAACGACCUGCUGAUGUUUUUGACAUUUCAGGAGCCACUUCUAUGCAGUUACAGCUACACAGGCUCCAGACAAGUGCCUUAAUGAUGGUUUAUGGAGUUUAAUCAGAGGGGAGGAUAUUUUUGUAAUUUACCAAAGAAUCAUAAGAUAGUUUAAACAUGCAGAAUUAGCUGCAUAUGUCACUUUUUAAAUGUACUGUCAACCCAUGUGUUGAAAGAUGGAAUUCAACUGUCUGUGUUUUGAAGGAGAGGCUGUGAAAAAUGAUGGAGAGUGUGAUGGCAGAAACGGCACCUGAAAACAUUAUGCAAUGCAGUCGUGAUAAUACUGCUUUUAUUAAGACUACUGCACAGUAUUUGCUGUUUGUUUGUUUUAUGUUUGGGAAAUUGAGGUGUUUCAUCCCACACUGUAGGAGGAUAGAUGUGUUUGUGGAGCGUUCAGUCAGUCAGUCGCUCUCAUCGCAAAAGUAUAGGUGCGGGUUUAUUGUCUUCAAACACUGGCUCCGUAAACCCCAAAAAUCUAAACGUCUAUGCAAAAGUGAUGUGCCUGUCAUACUCACAGCUGUCCCGUUCACUAAACCUUUGCUAAAACAUCAUCUCAGUACCUUUUUAAAACUGUUAAGGCCUUCAUUUCAGUAUUUUGGUGAGAUUUAAGGAAGGAUUUUUGACACUAGAUAGUACAAUACCAGCCACCUAACGUGUUUUGUCACCAUUCACUAAAAAACAACUACAAGUGAAGGCCACACUACGUUUCUAGUACACUAUGAAAUGCAGAGAGUAUUUAUGUUAUUUAUAUAGGCUUUUUUUCCCUCAAAAGUUUGUUUUUAACACAUUGCAAAUCAAAUUAAGCUGUUUUUAGUUAUUUUUUUGCUGUAAAAAGUAGAUUUUUUUUUAACUUAUAACCUACACACUUUUGGUAUUACCAGACAAACUUUAAAAGAGGCCUAUUAUCACAUGUUAAAACUUCUGCUUUUCUUCUUAUUUUCUGUCUGUGGUCGAAACUUGUUAGGCUUCGGCUUUUAUUCCCAUUUCAUGACUUCACUUGUUUUUCUAGAGCACUCGGUCACCUCUUGUUUAUUUGGUUCUGUUAAAUGCGGUCCACAUUACAUUCAAAUUUGCAGACCCACAACUUGUGUUACUGUCGUGCAGUUCACUUUUUCUUGUAUGAAUGUUUCAAAUUGGACUUUUCAUAUGAAACGGUUUGUCUCCUGAAUCGAUUUCCUUCAGUAAAAUGUAAUCCAAAUUUGUAUGUACACUUUAAUCUCCUUAAUAUUUUUGUAAUUAUUCGUGCACUGCAAAUAAAGGUGUUUUAUAUUUAAUAAAUAUAUCUUAACAACCAGUA